AUGACGGAUUGGAAUAAUAUUUUAAAAAGAAAUAGAGAAUAUAUCAAAGCUAAGAAUAAAAUAAAGACCCAAGUUGAAAAUAACAGAUUACAACAACUCGGAUUAACGAAAAAUCUACAGACUCUAUUUCAACCCAUAUUUAAAUCUCAAGAAGAUAUUAAAAAGAAAUUAGCUUUAGAACCCACAUCUCAUAUAGAACCCAAACCGAUUGAAUAUAAUGCUAUUAUAAUUAGGACAUUAGAUGAUAUAAAACGUCUUUUUUCAAACCCUGACCCAGAUUUACCAAAGAGCAUUUCACCAAUCGUUGAUGAUGAGGGUUUGUUGUUCAAUGGUUUUAGAAUAAGAUUUAGUGGAAAUUCACCACAAUUCAAAAUCGACACAAAAGACUUUAUAUUUACAUUAACGAGAGGGUUAAUAGAUUUAAUGAAUGGCGAGGAUGUUGAAAUUGCCGAUUACAAGGAUUUAGUAGCAUACUCAAAAUUUCUACAUGCGAUCAGAAACAAGAAGAUUGAAAGAAGUUGA